AUGAACAACAACGAAAAUGUUACAUUCGGACUUACACUCAGUGACGGGGAGCAACAUCCGCAGAACAAAAUGUCAGUUGGAAGGACGCAAGCACAAGGAGCCACACCACGCACCCACGCCGCCAUCAGAGCUCAGCAGGUAUCACCCGACAUCAAGCGCGAGACAGGAAUAUUCUUCAAAGACAAUUGUUCAGUGUUGAGGGAAAGGGGUGCUGCUUUGAUUACAUCUGAAGCACGCCCCAAGCCACUAGGAGCAAGCCCAGUCCCAAGCGCACCCGCCAUUGGAACCCCCGAAAUAUUAGGGGAUCCCAAGGCCACCACGCCACAAGCAGGGGACCCGGCCCCAGCAGCCCAAACACACACCUCAGCCAAAUCUUUUGAUCUUGCAAGUUAUGAUGGUGACAAUGAUGAUGUGGAUAAUGAAUAUGUUUGUGAUGAAAGGGAACAAAGUACAAGUGCUCUUAGUGAUGAGUGGGAGUUAGAACCAGAAAAUAGAGACGCCCUGCUGCUGAAUCUAAGGGAUAUUGAGUCACAGUUUCCAGCUAGCCACUCUGAAGAGACAGAGUGGACUCAACGGAAACAGGUACUAGAGGAGAAUUGGACAUCUGCGAGGAAUGAUUUGUUUGAUGCAUUUUUAUCAACCAAAAGCAUCCCAGAAAGUGCCAUGUGUUGCACAAAAUGCAAAGAGAAUGUUGCUGUUAUACGUUGCACGGAAUGCAGAAAGAUGCUGUGUAGCAGCUGUGAUGAAACAGAGCACAUCAUUUUUCCCUUCCAUGAUAGGGAUACCUGGAUCAAUGGCUUUUAUGAGCCAGUUGGUAAUCUUGUGACAAUAAAUGAGGGUGAAAUUGUAUUAAUUGAUAGACCCCUUCCAGUGAGCUACCCAUCAUUAUGCCCUGCCUCCAGUACUUGCAAUAUAGAGCAAAGAUAUACAAAAUCCAGGAUAAAAAUAAUAACCAUGAAAGGUCGCUACGAGUUUAAUGAAGCCUACUUUUUCUGUACAAAUUGCUCAUUGAUCAUAUCAGGAUGCACUGUAAGGUCAAUGCUGAUUGCUGGCUAUUUGCCUGCAUCUCCACAGAGGGCAACAACAUUUUUCUCCUUAGAUUUGUUGAGAUUUUGGGAUUCUUUGAGCAUGAACUCACCUGGGACAUCCCUAUCAUCUUUCGUUAGAAGCCUAGAAAAUGUUUCAAAGAUGUCUGGGAGAGUCAGUAUUGUCCCUUUUCCACUUUUAUAUAAAUUUCUGAAAAUGGAAUGCACAAAUUUUUUGUUUGCAGAAUUGAUUUACAUUUUUGAUAUUGCAAUGGAUUUUAUGGCUGAAAUCAGAAUCAAUUUUUUUCAGCAAAGUUCAAUAAAUUCAACAGCCUUCAGUAAGUGGAAAUUUGUUUCCAGCAAUAUCAAAUUUCAAAAUGGAAAUGAUGAUUUUGUGUGCCCAGUUUGUUCUGAUGUUUGCCACUCUAUACACAUUGAUUGCCUUCAACAGCCUUCAGAUUAUGAAGACGAUAAAAUGUGCCAAUCUUCGUAUUGGAAAGCUGCUCGAUCCAAAUCAAGCAAAAGCUAUGCGACUUUGGAUGAAACAGGACUAGUUGUUGCUGGCUGUCGCCACGUUCUGGCUCUGAAAGGCGUGAACAUGUUUGCUGGCGAGCAAUAUGGUUAUGCUCUUUUUUUGCACCAACUCCUUUUCGGUGAAGUACGGAUGGCAAGACAUAAUGUGUAAAUACUGGCCAUGGCUCGAGAAAGUUGCUUCCAAGUUCCCUGACAAGUCAGCGUUACUUGAUACGAAUAAAGCACUCUCUGUGAUGCAUUUGAAACCACAUCCUUUAGAAUGUCAGGUAAUAGCUUCUAAAAGGAUUUAGGUGCAAGAAUGCACUUGUGAAGUGGACAAAAUAUUUCUCGAAAAAUUUGGAAUUUUGAUUGCCGUAUGUAUUCUGUCAUAAAAAGCUUGAAACAUUCAUUAGCAUUUGAAUGCUUAAAUUGUUUUUCAAUCUAAUUGUUAGAUACUUACCCGAACAAUUUAUUGCUCAUAAACUGCUGGUACAAUUCUCGAUGAUUCCUUUCUCCAGUUGUCUUUAAUUUCAGAUUUAAUUAUUGAUGGGCAGUUAGAAAUCCACAGGAUCUUCCAUAUUUCUUCUGUAUUUUUUGUAAAUCACGAUUUGAAGUUGUUGAGCUAAAUGAUCCAGAUCUUCUCCUUUCUAGUUGGUCUGGGGAGGAUUUUACCAAGACGAAGCCACUUUAUCCACUGGAGAAAGCAUGGAGCAAUUUUUCUCCUACUUUGCGAAAUGUGGAUUAACCCUAUCCAGACUAGGGGGGGGGG